CUUUUUGUUCACCAGGCCCAAAUCAUCACUUUCUACUCCUGCUGCAAACGUAACUGUUCUUUUCUUUGUUUAUUUCUCUCCACCUUCACGAUGGCAUCGGAGCACGACCGAGCGGUGCUGCAGGCCAUCUUCAGCCCCAACACCCCAUUUGAGGACGUCCCCGGCCUGGACCAGGAGCAGGACCUAACAGAUGACGACGGCCCCUUUGACGCAGACUCACUGAGGCAAGUAAAGGACUUGGAGAGUCGCGGGGUGUCUGCGGCCGAGGCGGGGGAUUUGCAAGGAGCCCUUGAGCUGUUCGGACGGGCCAUGCAAGUUCUGCCCCGCCGGGCGUCACCCUACAACAACCGGGCGCAGACCCUGCGACUGCAGGGCAACACGGCAGGUGCUCUGGCGGACUUGGACCGAGCUGUUUCGCUGAGCGGGGGCCGCGGGCGGACGGCCUGCCAGGCGCUGGUGCAGCGGGGCCUCCUGCACAGACUGGCGGGACAGGACGACAAAGCGCUCCAGGACUUCCGGGAGGCGGCGGAGCUCGGCAGCGAGUUUGCCCGCCAGCAGGCGGUGCUGCUGAAUCCGUACGCGGCGCUUUGCAACAAGAUGCUACGCCAGGUCAUCGGCAAGCUACGCAACCCCGACGGGUGCGAGCCGUCACUUUAGACGCAAUCAAGAAAUGAAACUUUUGAUAUCAAAUAUGUACUUUUUAAUUGUUUGGAUACAAAUGUGUUAGUCCCAAGUGUGAAAUCGAACAACCAAGUAGACGUUACGUGAGCUGCCGAUUCCCAA